AUGUCGUCCACACCCUCCCUCCGUAAGAGAGGGGGUGCUAAAAAAGACGUCGCCGAGCCAGCACUACCUGAAGCUUCCUUCCGCCAAAGCACUCCUGUGUCCACCAAAGCAGCGGCAAAACCACCGUCAGAAUGGGAUUACUGGGUUGCCAUGUUUGUUAUGACUGCAUUGGCUUUCGUGACUCGCUUCUGGAUGAUCAAUUACCCGGAUGAGGUCGUCUUUGACGAGGUGCAUUUCGGAAAGUUCGCUUCUUACUAUCUGCAACGAACCUACUUCUUCGACGUUCACCCUCCCUUCGCCAAGUUGUUGUUUGCCUUCGUCGGUUGGCUGGUCGGCUACGAUGGCAGCUUCACUUUUGAGAACAUCGGCGACUCGUACAUCACGAACAACGUCCCUUAUCUCGCAUACCGCGCUCUUCCCGCAACUCUUGGAUCCUUGACUAUUCCGGUCGUCUUUGACAUCAUGUGGGAGUCUGGAUAUUCCUUGCCGGCCUGUGUUUUGGCAUCGGGGCUGAUGGUCUUUGACAAUGCCCACAUCGGUGAAGACCGAUUGAUCUUGUUGGAUGCUUGCUUGGUAUUGAGCGUCGCUGUGAGCAUUCUCUGCUACGUCAAAUUCUACAAGCAGCGUUACAACGAGUUUGGUCGCAAAUGGUGGAAGUGGCUUCUCCUGACCGGUAUCGGUUUGAGCUGCGUUAUUUCCACCAAGUAUGUCGGCAUGUUCACCUUUGUUACUAUCGGUUCUGCUGUGCUUGUUGAUCUCUGGAACUUGCUCGAUAUCAAGCGUCCCCGCGGAGAAAUUUCCUUGUUCCGGUUCAGUCAGCAUUUUGCAGCCCGUGGCUUCGCGCUGCUUGUUGUUCCGUUCUUUUUCUACCUGUUCUGGUUCCAGGUGCAUUUCGCUGUCUUGACUCGCUCCGGACCGGGUGAUGACUUUAUGACUCCCGAGUUCCAAGCAACGCUGUCCGACAACCCAUUGACUGCUAAUGCUGUUGAUCUUGAAUACUACGAUCAUAUCGUCAUCCGCCACAAGGACACCAAGGUCUAUCUUCAUAGUCACUAUGACCAGUACCCUCUUCGCUACGAUGAUGGACGUAUCUCCAGUCAGGGACAGCAAGUUACCGGUUACCCACACAACGAUACCAAUAACCAGUGGCAGAUUCUGCCCAGUGUUCCGUUCGCUGAGAACGACCUCACUGGCCACAAGAUCAAGAACGGCGAUAUUGUCCAGUUACGCCAUCUUUUUACAAACACUAUUUUGUUGACGCAUGAUGUCGCCUCCCCUCUUAUGCCAACAAAUCAGGAAUUUACCACAGUGCCUCAAGAGCUGGCUGAUGGCGAACGUCAUCAGGAUACCUUGUUCGAAAUUAAGAUUGAGAACGGCAAGCCGGGACAGAACUUUCGUUCUCUGUCCGGUUUGUUCAAGUUGAUUCAUGUUCCCACUCGUGUAGCAAUGUGGACACAUACUACUCCUCUUCCCGAAUGGGGAUAUAAGCAGGCCGAAAUCAACGGCAACAAGAACUCGUUGCAAUCCAGCAACAUAUGGUACGUUGAAGAAGUGCCGUCGAUUCCGGCUGGAUCCCCUCGUCUAGAAAAGCAAGAACGCCAGGUUGCUCAGUUAGGAUUUGUUCGCAAGUGGGCCGAAUUGCAACGCGCCAUGUUCUUCCACAACAACGCUCUUACCAGCGAGCAUCCGUACGCAAGUGAGCCAUUCCAGUGGCCAUUCCUGUUGCGUGGCGUCAGCUUCUGGACCAACGCCGAGACAAAGGGACAGAUUUAUUUCUUGGGUAACCCUAUUGGAUGGUGGUUUGCCAGCAGUUUGUUGGCUGUGUUUGUUGGUGUUAUUGGAGCUGACCAGCUGUCUUUGCGCCGAGGCAUCGACGCUAUCGAAGAGAUCUGGGGCCCCGGAGCUCGCAGCCGCCUUUACAACAGCACUGGAUUUUUGUUCCUCUGCUGGGCAGCUCACUACUUCCCAUUCUGGCUGAUGGGUCGUCAACGUUUCUUGCACCACUACCUACCGGCCCACCUCGCAUCGUGCUUGGUUGCUGCUGCUCUCGUCGAAUUCAUCUUCACACUUGAUCCUAUUGCGCCUGCCAAGACCGACUACAAGGUCGACCCCACGGGCCGUGGCCGUUUGACUCUUGGACGAUUCCGUACUGCCAAGGAGCGAUUGGGUAGACAGUCGCUGUACGCCUGUUGGGCUGUCACUAUUGUCAUCUUGUCGGCUGUGAUCUACUCGUUUGCUUACUUUGCGCCGUUGACAUAUGGUACUGGGUUGAAUGUGGAUGAGGUUAAUGCCAGGAAGUGGUUGUCAUAUGACUUGCAUUUUGCCAAGUAG